ACAUCUCAAAGGGAUGGGCAGGAAAAAGAAACAAGGUGUUUGUGAUUCUGAUGAGGCUGUGCUUUGAAAAUAAGACCAUAUUGAUCAGAGUGGUACAGUUCCUAAAGGAGAAAGUAAAGACUAGUAAUGGGAGCUGGAGAAUCAGUACUACUCCCUGCACCACCUGCAGAUUUUAAUUACAUGGUGCUUAUGCUUGUCGUGACUGAUAAGAUGAGGACGAUAUUUGGCACCCAAAAUGAACUGUCCCUCAUCAGACAGGCYGUCAUGCAGAACUGGCCAUUAGGCUUAACUGUGGAGAAGCCUAAACUUAGUUACUCAUGGUCCUUUAAGUUAAAUGGCUGUCCAUUUGGAUUAGGAACAAAUGCUGUCCAGUCAGCCAGUACAAGACAAUUGAUGUGUCAAAUCUUGCAAACGCUGAACAAUGCUGGAUGGGAGAUGAUAAUAACCAGCGACUUGAGCCGAUUWASUGACUUGACAUCYUUUUUCUUUGUUCGCACKCAAAUGCUGAAGCAAAUGCAAUUUCCUWUGCUGUGYGUGARCCURAGCAGUAMAGACAAAYUCCAACUGGUCAAUGYACCAAGUGAUGUGGUUCAAAUCAUUAAGGCUAUUGUYAUGAAGGYAUGGCCAAGAGGAAUCCAAUCAGAAGGCCCUAACGAAAAUUCCUAUGAAAUAAAAAUGGCAGGAAAUCCCUGGUUCUCAGAUGGAGAUGAAGGAGUCCAGGCAAGGAUACUCUUAGCCAAGAUCACAUCAGCACUUGCCCAACGACAGUGGAUUUUGCAUGCAGCCGCAAACAUUAAAARUACAGCUGAUAGUCUGUUUUUCAAGUAUGACCCUGAAAUGAUCCCUGGAGAAGGUUCAGAGUGUUUUGUUAUCAGUUUGAAUCGAACAGACAGGUUACGAAUCAUCAAUGCUCCACAGUCRGUCAUUCCAGUUGUUCGAGAAACCAUCAUGUCAGUUUGGCAAGUGAUGGGUGGGAUUCAACAAGAGCAAGCAUACCAUGCAAGUUGGGAAUUCAAACUAAAAGGAAGUCCUUGGUGGUCAAYUGGAAAAGAAUCAGUCAUGGCCAGAUUWCUGAUGUGUAAAAUCMUUGAGGCCUUACAAARCAAUGGUUGGAGUCUGCAGGCAUCAAUAGACAUAUCUAGGAAGUCUCAAGACAAGARUAUAUUGCUUUUCAGCAAAUCACAGCCUAAAUCUCAACCAGUAAUGUGUCUUUCAUUUAGUGACACAGACAAAAURCGGUUGAUAAAUGCCCCCCAAGAGUUCACUGGGGUCUGUAGAGACAUCCUGAAAGCCAAAUGGUAUCAAGGAAUAUGCAAAGAGCAGCCUAUGGGUACGUCUUGUUCAGCACACGAGUUCAAGCUUAAUGGAAAUCCUUGGUGCGGUGGAGCCUACUCAUCUCAAGCCAUACACAUAAGAAGUAUGUUAUGCUACAUUAUCCAAGCUUUCAAAGCACAUGGCUGGAAAUUCCUCAUAUCAGCUGAUGUUUCAGCCAGGUUCCACAAACCUAACAAGGGUCCUUCUUACCCUGUAGAUGUGCACAGCUGGUGGUUUGUGUAUGAGCCAGAAUCUCCACCACUACAACCUUCAGCACCAAGCUAUGGAUUGUCAACUGGAUCCUCAGCUUUCCCUCUCCCACCUAGUUAUGAUGAGGUGGUAAAACAAUAGAUUUAAAGGCACUUAUUCUUCCUGAUGCAUCAUGCAGUAGUACUGCAGAACAAUAAUUUAAAAGUGAACAGCAAACUAAACAAUGCACUUGAUACAUGUUUCCUUCACCUCCUAGUCAUAUAUUAUGAGGUGGUUAAAAAAUAUUUAUUUUUAUUUGUAUUUUUACUGUGCGAACACUCAAACCAUAUGAACACUUCAAGGUUUUUUACGUUUCUCAAAUAAUCCUGUCAAAAGCCAGAGUCUUUUGGGAGAUGGUUGCCAUUAAAGUUUUUUUUAAAUUUACAAUAUUAAGUGUAUCAAUAUUAUUUCAUAAUAGCUACUUCGUCAAUUUUUGUUUUAUUUCUGUAAAUUAUUGAAAAUUUGUACUUUGUAAGACAGUCAAGCAGUUCAUUAGUUCACACGGAGUGAGCUAAAAAUAAAGCAUUUGUUGUCAUUGGAUGGCGCCUAAGAAAUGUUUGAUUUCUUUGUUUUUUCAGAGGGCUGUGAUUGGAUAUUUAUGGAAAAAUGUCAAAAAAACCUUGAAGUGUUCAUGGUUAGGGACUGUUCAUUAAUUAUGCCUUGGGUGGGGGGUGCUGGAGGCAAAGUAGU